CCUGUCUGUCUGCUGAUUGGAUGAUAGGAGAUAAUUCAACUCCUACACAUAUCAUUCAUCAGUUCUGGUGGUGAAUAUAUAGGCGCUUGAACAUUGUUGCUUCACACAGUAGAAUCAAGUUGUCAAGUUCGCCGAAUCGAUAUUUGUAUUGAACAAGAGGACGGAUCCAGUGGUGGCGAGGUUGCCAUGUUUCUCUUGAAGAUCUCUCCGGUCCUCGUGGCUUACGCUGUGAUUGUGUGUCAGAUGUCCUGCUCGCAAGCCGCUCCAGUGAGAGGUGCUCCAGACUCGCUGACGGACAGAAUCGCACUCAUGGACUUUGAAACGCGGCGGUUAUUGAGCGCCAUCGUCAAAAGUGUGGUGCAGAUGACGGCAGAGGAGCCGGUGGAUGAAGAUAACGGACAGGGCAGAUUCCUGUCCAAGCGUUGCUCCAAUCUCAGCACCUGCGUGCUGGGCAAACUCUCGCAGGAGCUGCACAAAUUACAAACCUUCCCGCAGACGGACGUGGGAGCCGGUACGCCCGGCAAGAAACGCAGCCCGCUGGAGGGCAAUCCCUUUCCCAGCUACGAGGAAGCCUUUAACGGCAUUUAAUCGAUCUCUGCGUGUCAUCUUGUGCAUGUGCGUUCUGCCUGCUCCACCGACGGCACACACAAACGCCUGGAUGCAUUGCUCUUCUCUUCCUUCCUUCCUUUUCUUUUCUUUUCUCUUCUUUUCUUCCUUUACUUCAGCAGAGACAGGCAUGAAACGCCCAGACAUUUCUUCCCUUACCUAAACACACACCUCUGAAUGUAUGUAUUCUAAAUGUAAUGUCUGCUGAUGGAAAUCCUUGUUUCCUU